AUGACCUCUAUAAACCAUAGCAAUAACUUGUGCUUUGUCCCCCUUCCUUCCCCCUCUGCCUCUGCUGACUCAGCCAAAUUGCAGUCCAAGUUGGAGGCUUUGAAGAAAGUGAAGGAGCUUUGUAAAUUUUUGACUUAUUCUAAUAAUCCACAAAAUGAGCCUAAAAAUCUCUUAGAUAAUUUAUGUUCCGGCCUCGAGACCUUCCUCGGCUUCAACUCUACUUCCAAAGGCUACGACGGCAGUGGGAUUGUGUACUCUGACUUGGAUAGGCUGUGUGACGCAGUGAUGGGAUUUUUGUAUUAUUUGCUUAAGGAUGUCAGCGAGAAACAGCCUUACAAGGUGGGUAAAAAUGACUUAAAACAGUUUGUUGACACUGUACUUUUUAAGAAAUUAUCCACCGGGCGUAAGGGUUUUGAGGUCAUUGAGCGGGUGGCGGGGAAGGUGGGGGAGUAUAAUGGUAAAGUAAAAACGUCGAAUGAAAAUGUUACCAGGCCUAUAAUUAAGCUUCGAGCAGACAUGGAGAAACUUGAAAAUGAGGUAAGUAAAAUUUUAGAAAAUGACGCUGUUUCAGGUGCGACCAAGAAAUCCGUACAGGCUGUGACGUACAGUGAGGAGCAGGUCAAGCAAGCUGUUAUCGACAUUAAUAAAUUACUUAACGAUUGUAAAUUUCAUGGUAAAGAUUAUAACAAUCAUUUAGACAUGGCGCACAAUAGUGAGAACAUGAAAAACGCAAUUAAUGAUCUUAAUUUUAAAUUACGUGACCGUGUUCUUAUAGCCACUAAGGCAGUGAAACAUGAGAGUCAACGACUCAACGAGUUGUCAGAUAAAGCGUGGGCAGACUUCAGAAGUAUGAAGAAGUGUAUCAGUCGUGAAAUGCAGAGUCUUAAUAAGAGCGUGAAUCUAACAAUCAGUGAGCGAAUAGGAAUGCUGCUAGACGAUGUGAAUCAGAAAGCGACAGAUAUUCUUAGACAGUUACAUGAGAUGAGAAGGAAGUUACAGGAUUACGUCAUUAAGUUAAACGACUGGAUUGUGGCUGCCAGAAAGGUCAGAGGGGAGGCAGAUGAAAAAGUGACUGAGAUUGUGAAUAAGUUGCAGGGGAGUGAUACAGGCGCCAGCGCGGAGGGGGGACGAUUGAAAAUUACAGAAGCGGCGCAAGUAUUGCAAGAUAAGGCCAACGAUCUCCGGACGAAAGCAUAUAAUGCUAAGACACAGGUUCAAACGUUGGUGAGUCAGGCGUUAGCGGCUGUAAAAACCAUGGACGAUGCGCUGAGGACGAAUUUGAGAACAGUGAGGGAUGAGAUUAAAGCAGCAAUACGGAGUUAUGUAACGAGUGAUUUAAAUGGUAAGAUUAAAGCAGCGCUGACGGAGAUGACUGAUAAGAUUGCUAAAAAGGGUGGAAAUACGCCUGGGCAUCUGGAUAAGAUCGUUGCCGGGGUGAAGCAAUAUGCUGAGGGGUUCCAGGGUGCAUUUAAGGCGACUAUUCAAACUAUAGUAAAAGAUGUUGUUAAUAGUGAAGGAAUUAAAGGAUAUCUCAAGUGGUAUGUUGACGAUAACAAGACUGAUUUUUUGGAUCUAUUGAAGAAUCGGGCAGACGGUAACAUAGAUGCUAGCGACUCUAUUGUAACAAGAAUAACUCCCGUAAUAAUAAGCAAAAUUACAGAAACGCUACAGAUGCAUGUAGGUGAAGUUGUUAUCACCGAAAACACCGAUGUGUCAAGAAUGUUACAGAACAUUAGUGAAUCUCUUACUACGUACGCCCAUCAAAUUGCAGAUAAACGAGCGAUGAUUGUAUCCGCAAUUUGGAAUGACGAUAAGUUGUAUAACUCACCCGGUAUGGGAAAUCAUAAAGACACCUACAUUAAUAAGGCUGCUUCCGCCGUCAUCGCUGCUGUGAAAUCUGCGGCUGAGGACAUGGGGAAAGAGCUGGAGAGUUUUAUAUUAAACUCUGAAAUUGAUCAGUUGGGGAAAGCCAUAACAGACGUUAUAGGGCUCGGGGAAAAGCUUUACGACCAAAUUAUCCAAUCGGGUGACACUGGUUCUAUCAAGUUUUCUAAUGUCAGUUCCGAAAUUGCGGGGAAAGUGAAUCAGCAUAUGACUGAUGAUGGCGACAAAGUAAAACUUGAUUCCGGAAAGUUUGAGAAAUAUCUUUCGGGAGUUAACACAACUUCCCUAGGUACUAACAAACCAGCCUUAACCGGCGAUUCAGGCGAAGGCACCGUACCUGUGACAAUCAAGAAGAUUGAAAACGAUGUGACUGGCGAUGACAACUAUCUGAAAGAUGUUGAGAACGAAACGACUGCAGAUCCAAACAAAUUCAACCAAAACACCUUCUCAACACUGCUAGAGGCAGUCACAAACAAUCUCGAUGCGUUUUGCAAGAACAUUAUGAAACUGGCUGACGGCACCAAAGGCGGUGCUCCGAACGGCACUGAUGGUAUAAAGCAAAAGUUGCAUAAUCUUUCGGAGUUGUUAGGCGACAAACUUGAAGUUGACGUUAGUAGUCAUGAGAAAGUGAAAGGACUUGAAAAAACGUAUAACGAUCUUCUCACUUUACUUGGUGUUGAUUUGAGGAACAUUAUUGAUGCCACCGAAAAAUUCAUAAAUAAGGAUGCUCCUGAAUUGCAACAGGAUUGCGUAGAAGCAAUCCAUAACCACGUAAACGUAUAUUUUGGUUACACCCAAUUGUCCCUCACCACCGCCGCCCGCCGCAACUACGUCUCCUCCGUCAAGCAGCUCCUCACCGCGUUCGCGGACAAGGUCAGUCGGGAGUUGGCGCCGUUGCCGGGGGAGAUUGAGAGGGAUCUGCAGAUCGGGUUCAAGGGGUUGAUGAGAGUGAUGGGAGGGGUUAAUAGUGAAACUGGUGAGCCUGUUGAAGGUUCUGGAACUCCAAGUUUGCUCGACAAAAUAAAUACAGCUGUAUCGUCACAUAAAUCAGGUACGCCCAUUAAGGACACCUUCACUAAAUUAUCCGACGCACUCAAGAACUAUUAUGAUCCGAUUCACAAGUAUAUUAAGGCGCAAAUUAAUACUAAAAAUCCACCCGAGCCUGAGAUCAACAGGGAGACCACCGAGCAGAACACCAAGCACCUCGACACUGCCAACACUAAUUUCGAGAAAUUACUCACCCACCUCAAAAACGACUCUAAACCAUCCAGAACAUAUAUAUUUGAUAAUAAGUUCACUAAUCUACAUUCUUCCCUCUCCUCCUCCCUCUCCCUCCUAUCCCCCUCCGCCUUCGCCAACCCCCGGCACCCGGAGCUGCUCGAUGCGGUCAAAAAGGGGCUGGAUGGGUUUGUCGAGCAGAUGGGGAGGGUGUAUGUGAACGGGUAUGAUGAUGGAAAACCUAUAGAUUGGAAUACGAACAAAUUGAUCGAAACUAAGUCCGAUUCUGAAAAUUCUAGCGGAAAAGAAAAAUUAACGCCUUACGGUGAAAAGUUGUCAAAGGUGUUCCUUAGCACAAUCCAAGUACUAUUCCAAGACUUCUGGGAGUUAUAUAAAGAAUGCGUCGCAAAUAAAAGUGAACGCAUUCGUUUACAUAAUAAAAGCAAGGAUGGCGUUAAGUUGCCCAAUGCACUUGGCGCUUUCUUAGCUAAGCGAGGGUAUAAGGUACCAACGGAGGAAGACAAGCAGGACGGGGAGUUGCAGAAUAAAGACAAAACCAUGACGGGUGAAAAUAUUAAAGCGUUAUAUGAGAAACUGGCGAAAAAUCAAAAGACUCCUCUCCUCAGAGAUAAGGGACCUAGCAUACUCUACUACUUAUACGAGUACCUCAAGAAGUAUUACGAGGUCUGUCAUCUGGAGGUUCGCUCCUCAACCAAACAUCCCGCGAACAGUUAUCAGAUGCUACAGUGGCUUGCCGGUCUGCGGUGGAGUCCAGUAUUCUACUCUCUACGUUGGUAUUUAAGGGAAUUGUUCCCUACGCCAGACCAACAUAAAGGUAAGCCGCGUGAUAAAGUUCCCACAAAUGAUCUCAACCUUGCUGCAACCUCUUACAUCAGGGCACAACAAUUAGUAACCGAUAUGUUGCCAAAUGUUUGUUUACACUCCCAAUCGGUUCUGACUGCCAUCAUGGGUCACGGUCACGCAGGUGGACGUUACGCAGUUGACUUUUACACGAACGCAGAAAACUUAUCUUACCCUAGCAGAGGCAGUGAUUGUUUUGAUUUACUUGUAGAUAUAUUGGAAAGAUUGUAUCACCAGUUCCGAUUCCUAUACAGUCAGUGCGAGAACGGCCCUGAGAUCGGUGGAUGGGCAGAUUGUUGGUACGGUAGGUAUGUCGGUGGUUCAGCGUGGAACUGUAAUGAUCGCCAAUGUGCAAACCAAAGUUGUCCCCAAAUAGCCAACCAAAAGUCUAACCAAAGUGCUGACCUAACGUGUGAUUCGCACCCUAAGUGCGGCCUAAAAUCGCCAUUGCAAUCAUUCCUCGAAGACGGACUGCCACGGUUCCUGCCACACCAGUUCAAGAAGCCUGGUUGCAAGCUGGACUGCAGUACGGCUAAUCACCGGGGCAUCCCGUGUAAGACCCCUAUGGGCUUUUCUGAUAUCAGUGAACUAGCAUCGCAUACGAAAACGGGCGCCGAUCUCAGAAAGAUUCUAAGAGAUUUCUGCGGUAGAAAAUCUCACCUCCGCUCACUAUGCACUUGUCUCAUGUGUCUACUCCAGAAACCUCCGCAGACGCUUGGAGAUAUGUUCGCGUUCUACUACAAUUUCAUUAGCGGCUGGGGUAUGGACGGCAAUGAGCAUAAAAAGGAUGCUUUCAAAAACGCUAUCAAUGACGCCAACUUCGGAGCUGAAUAUGAUAAAGUGGAGAUACAUACCCUAUUUUCCAGCAGUCACACUGCAACAUCAGCGGGGCAUGCCAAUUGUAGCCUCGGCUGUCUAGUUUGCGUUUCAAAGGACCCUGCCGUAUGCGGACCUUAUUUGUCUCCCAUUAGUCAACAAAUCAGCGGCGUGUUUUCUAAAAACUACGCGGAUAAAUACAUGUCGUGGAUCGUGUAUCUUACGGAAACGUUUUACGAUCUACUCAAGAAGCUGUACGACGAGUGCAACGCUAACUGUGGGUCCAAAGGCUCCAACUGCUUCGUCAAAUGCUGUGUCAAAGGGUGCCCAACGACAGCUUCUAAAACUUCGGAGCCGGCAACCCAUAAUGAGGAAUGCAAAUCCAUUGUCGCCUGCAAGUCUACAUUACCGACAUUGUACAAAUAUGGAUUCGUAUUUUGGUACCCAGAUACUCUUAAUGGCAGCGCAAUGAAAACAACAAAACGUACAUGUAAAGCAUUCUGCGAAGCAUUAGACAGUGUCUUAAAUACAAAGAAAUCAGACGCACCCAUCCUCGCCAAAUUAAUAUACGAGACUAUUCCCAACUUGCUCUUCCAGAUCCGCGCACCGUUCCUGUGGAUGACCGUCGCGCUCUGGUCACUAUCCCUCUUCUACCUCAUCUGCGUCAUGGUUGGCAGACUGGAUGUGCUCCACAUCCGCUCACACCUGAGGAUACCGUCGUCGCACAAGAUAACGGCGCAAUCAUUGUUGGCGGCGGCGCAAGUCGGAAGGCUUGCCAAGAUAUCGUACCUGCAACCGUAA